GCUGGACCUCGCAGCUGGCACCUGCUGCUGGCAGAUCUUGAUGGCUGCAAAUUUGCAAAACACAAAAACACCUGUGCACCUGAGAUUUGUUUGAGUUUGAAGAAGUAAAGUCUCUGCCAUGGAUUUGUUCGAAAGAACUUUUAACAAAAUCCUGUCAAAGGAGAUUUCACCUGAUGACGCCGUUCAUUGGCUCUCUUCUUCAAAUGUUCCUAAUGAGGACUUCCAGGGCAAGAACAGAGUUGAUUUCGCAAAUUUUUUCUUGGCAUAUUUGCGCGAAAAAACCAGUUUUCUGGAAUCGAGAUCAUCAAUUACGCCGUCAAACACGCCGAUAAAAAGCCUUGGCAAGCCAUUAGCACCGCAUCCUGACGCGGACCUUGUUGCAAAGAAGCCCCAGGAACGCCGUUCUUGCAGUAGAAAACUUCCACUAAAUGGCGAGAACAAAAUUGAGCUCUCUACCGAGUGUAUAGAAAAUGUUUCCCGGAGAAAUGCAAACCACAGCCACCCACGACCAGGCCCGCAUGCAAUCACCCUAGGAAAUUUUGUCGUCACCAAGACGACGUCCCAACGAGAAAGAAAAAAUGCCAGAGCUAGUAUUAAAUUGAAUUCAUUCGAUGAGUUUCCCGAGAUUGGAGUCACAAAAAGGGUCAAGCCUAUAAUGAUUUCAUCACAAAAUGAGAUCAAGGUUCAGGAUAAAGUGCCAAAUGCAUUCACAGGGGCUCCCGAAGUGAGUGCGUCGGACGUAGUUUUAGAAAGGGCCAGGUUAAAACUGGAAUGCAUCAAGGUCCAGAACAACAAUCUCAAAGCAACUUACGAACUGCCAGUGAGAGACGCCAAGGAACAAUUGGAAACACUUUCCAAAAUUUAUGCGGCAAUUUUAAACAGUGAUUUGGAACUGAACAUCAUGAACGAAGUUUACUUUCUGACAGAACUCCUUUGCGUCAAUAUCAGAGCAGAAGAUGAGCAGCACGAGAUCUUUGGCAACUCGAGCAACUGUGCUUACUUCUCUGCAAAAACGUUUGGUUCUCUAGGUGACACAUUGAAACAUUUGGAUCCGGGAGUUGUUAAGCUGCUUGUGGAAAAUAGCAAGAUGAACAAAGUUUGCCCAGACGUGGUUGCAGAACUGAAGGAAGUGUUGGUUUCCUUGCAAUGUCGACCAACUAUUUCUUUGAUAUUAGUAAUUGGGUCACAAGUAGAAAGUGAAAGCAAGGAGAACUUUGCAACACCAGACUCUUUCCAGGUUUAUCGGAGACAAAGGGAUGGCUUUUAUGCGCUGAUGGAAGACUGGGACAACGAACGCCAUUUCUCAAAAAAACUUGCAAAGGAAGUCUUGGACAUUUUUGAGCUGAACACUGUUGAACCAGAGAACCUUGCCUACUUUUGCCGCCUCUUCGUUUCACAGUUGAUUUGCUCCUGUAUCGGAGACGGCUCUGACGGAAGCAACAAAGCACCUUUUGACUUCCGAGUUGAUCCAGAAAGACUCAAAAGACUGCAUCAGAGAUUGGUCACUCCGUCAAAGGCACUUGCUGGUCCGUGUCCGCUGCCUGAUUUCUCAGGCUGGGAGGAAUUCUUCAGAGACUUUAUUGUGAUAGCUUCCAACGCCAAUUUCAACCAACACUUGCAAGACUCGUUAUUAUCUACACUGAGAGCUCUAGAUGGCAAGAAAUUUGAGCUCCAAUCAAAUGUUGAAGAGGAAACUAGGCACAAAAUCCUUGCUUGUGUUGUGUCAGCUCAGUUGGUAGCAAAAUUUUUAGGCUUCGUUGAGUUCCGCCCCUACAAGUCUCCUUUGAAAAGGGCGCCAGAGCAAGUUCUUAGUGCACAGGUUCUAAUUAGAGAAAAGGUUCGACUUCCUAUUGACACCUAUCAAUUGAUAGCUACGUCUGAAAAGAAUGGAAGGUUGAUUCUGACGGUUCCCUGGCUGUGUUCAUACUUAGUGCAACUGGAUGCUGUGUCCAUAAGACUGCCUGACAUUCAGGCAACCAUAUCUUUUUUAAUUUCCCUGCAGAGAGGUCUGUCGUCCAGAUCUCUUUCAGGCACCACAAAGAUCUUACUUCGUCUGAACAUUGGAUGGUGUUUAUCCAUUUUGGCUGAAUUGUGUCCUAGCGUGUGGGACAUGUUUCGCUCAGCAGCUAAGAUUGAUGUUCAAGAAAAUUCAAAUAGUCUGGAUACAAUCGACAUGAUGGACUCACGGAGCAUCACUUUGAUUUUUCCAUUCGUGUUGGAGCUUCGCUCAAUUUUAGCUGGCAAUCCAGGAAAUGUGAGAAGUGGCCAAGCUGUGGGUCCAAAGCACAUCAAACCAGUAGCAGCCAUUACAGUUGACCCAGUGCUGCACCUAGAGCUACAACUUGAAGCAAGCUUUGUUCAAACGCAGCCAAGCAGUGUUCGUCAGACCUUAGAAUUUGUUACAGAGCGUUUGUACGCCUUGUGCAUAGACCAUUUGCAAGACGACACCGUCAAAUCUGCACUGCAUGAUUUGGAAAGCAAAGUGCAAGAAAAAGUUAGAACGGAAGCUGACAGCCUUGAUCCUCAAUUAGAUUUUUCUCAGCUAAAAUCAGCUUUAAUGAAUGGCCUUGCAAGCUGGUCAGUGAUAGAAGCAGACAAGCAGAGCGAAACUAUGUCACAGAAGUGCCUUAAUGAAGCCAAUAAAUUCCUUGGAAGUAGAUGCUCGUCUCUCCUGAGUCAUCUUUUGCCACAAUCUGUAACUCAAAUCCAGUGCAGUGCAUUCGCUCAGAUAGUUAUCAAAAAUAUUUGCUCAAAAAUUAAAGUGUGGAUUCAAACAACCUAUGGAUCAACCGAAAUGUUGAAGAAAACCAAGGAGAGCUUGGAGAAGGCAGCCAAGCAUAGGGCCAAGAGCGGAGAGAUAUCGACUGUGAAAACUGAUCCCAAUGUCUCUCUUCGACUACCAGCAGAAAGAAGAGGACUCGAGCAUUUAGAGACUGUCACACCCCCAGCAGAACUGAUGCUGCAAUACAGAGAAAUUCUUUUUAAAUUAAGCAACGGCCAAGAAAUUUCCCGUGAUGGAAUUGAAAAUCUGAUAACAGCAACAGAAUUGGUCGUGCUCCACAGAGAAGAUCUCAUACCAGUUGCUGUAUUCAUGAUCAAGCCCUUGACUGUUGAUUUGGCUAUGUUUUUGGCUGUAUAUUCUCCACAAAUUCUAACGAACAGCGUUGUAUCAAAGCUUGUCGGCUUGUGGAAAGGUCCCUUCGGCAGACCCGACCAACUGGAGAAAAUAUUCAGUCCAAAACACAUGCACAUGUUAAGUUUGAGUAAAAACCAGAAUAACACUUGGUCUGCGUUUGGGAGAUUUCUGCACGGUCUCGUCAAGGCAGGACUUCUCUCCCCAAUGGACAUUGAAGAGCAAGCUGUUGGAGUUCUGCAACUGCAGUGGCCCCCUGAAUUUCUGGAAAUGUACAGCCUUUGCAUAAAUAACCUGGUCAGGGAAAAUGGAGCGAAGCCAGAGAGUGAUGAGAAUUCUUCAUUUUCAGAGCUUUUGCCUUGGCUAGCUGAUUACUGUUCCAAUCUUGAUGAGCUGCCAGUAGAUUAAUUUCAUAUUUUAUUUUAAAUGCUAUUUGAAGCUUUUUAAUACAUAACAAUUUCUAUUUUAGCAAUAUUGAACAAACCAGUUUUAUUUUGUAUUUAUGUAUUUUAAGUACAUUUGAUACUGAAAAUAAGUAAAAGCAUGCAAAUAAAAAAGAAACACC